AUGGUUUCUUCGCCAUCAUCAUCAUCGUCAUCAUCAUCCAUUGGCUACAUUUGUAAAGUCAUUCCUGUUUGUCGUCCCGAUAACUCCCAAAAUGCAAACUUGGUGUUGUGGCACCUUGUUUAUGUACCUUUUCUCGGUGUUUCGGCGGUAGAAGCACAGGCGCUCGGUACAGCGUUUGAAACUGCAGGGCAAAAGCUUCGAUCUGGCUUCGAUGCCACGAAUCGUCCCGACUCAUGCAACAGCGAACCAGCCUCAAUGCGUCGGCCGGCGCCUCCGCCCCACCGACCCUUGCGCGCGCAACAUGACAUGGCCUUGAUCAAUAUCAAUCACUUACCAGCCAAGCCAGUAGCCAGUCUCUUGCGUGCUUCGGCCUAA